AUGGCAAGAGGCCCAAAGAAGCAUUUAAAAAGAUUAGCAGCUCCAUCUCAUUGGAUGUUGGAUAAAUUAUCCGGUGUUUACGCUCCAAGACCUUCUGCUGGUCCUCAUAAAUUAAGAGAAUCAUUACCAUUAGUUGUAUUCUUAAGAAAUAGACUUAAGUAUGCUUUAAAUGGUAGAGAAGUUAAAGCUAUCUUAAUGCAAGAACAUGUUAAAGUUGAUGGAAAAGUUAGAACUGAUUCAACUUAUCCUGCUGGGUUUAUGGAUGUUAUUUCUUUAGAAGCUACUAAUGAACAUUUUAGAUUAAUUUAUGAUGUUAAAGGUAGAUUUGCUGUUCAUAGAAUUACUUCUGAAGAAGCUUCUUAUAAAUUAGGUAAAGUUAAGAAAGUUCAAUUAGGUAAAAGAGGUGUUCCAUAUGUUGUUACUCAUGAUGGUAGAACUAUUAGAUAUCCAGAUCCUGCUAUUAAAGUUAAUGAUUCAGUUAAAAUUGAUUUAGCUACUGGUAAAAUCACUGAUUUUAUUAAAUUCGAUACCGGUAGAUUAGUCAUGGUUACUGGGGGUCGUAACUUGGGUAGAGUUGGUGUUAUUGUCCAUAGAGAAAAACAUGAAGGUGGGUUUGAUUUAGUUCAAAUUAAAGAUGCUGUUGAUAAUACUUUUGUUACUAGAUUAUCUAAUGUUUUCGUUAUUGGUUCUGAAGCUUCUAAACCUUACGUCUCAUUACCAAAGGGUAAAGGUGUUAAAUUAUCUAUUUCUGAAGAAAGAGAUAGAAAGAGAAGAGAUCAAGGUUUAUAA